CCUCUCAAUCAAAUUCUUACAAUAUUUCCAAACCAUAACUCUAAUUGUUGGUUACUUUAUCUGAAACUGUUGGUUCUCAUUCUUCAUUGUCUUUGAGGAACCAAGAAAGCAAAAGAAUUCAACAAACUCAAUGGCCACACUUUCUUCUUCUUCUUCAGCUUCUUUGCUCUUCUCUGCUUCCUCUUCCAACCUCUUUCCACUCUCACAUUCUUCAACUUCACGCCUUUCUUUCUCUUCUUCCCUUCCUUCUUCUUCUAUUUUUUCAGCUUCUUCUCCAACCUUUCUAGCAUACCCUUCAUCAUCAUCCAGGCUUUUUGCAACAAGCAACAAUGAUGGUGGUGCUGUUUUCAGCAUCAAUGCAAGUGCUGCAGUGAAGAAGAAGGUUCUCAUUGUGAACACCAACAGUGGAGGACAUGCUGUGAUUGGAUUCUACUUUGCAAAGGAGCUUCUUGGUUCUGGCCAUUCUGUUACCAUACUCACUGUUGGUGAAGAAUCCUCAGAUAAGAUGAAGAAACCCCCUUUUAACAGAUUCUCAGAAAUUGUGAGUGCUGGAGGCCGGACAGUGUGGGGAAAUCCGGCAGAUGUAGGGAGUAUUGUCGGAGGGGAAGUGUUUGAUGUGGUUUUGGACAACAAUGGCAAGGAUCUAGAGACUGUGAGGCCGGUGAUAGAUUGGGCAAAGAGCUCUGGUGCCAAGCAAUUCCUGUUCAUAAGUAGUGCUGGAAUCUACAAACCUACAGAUGAGCUUCCACAUGUUGAAGGGGAUACUGUUAAAGCUGAUGCUGGCCAUGUUGCAGUGGAGAAAUACCUUGAAGAAACUUUCAGCAGUUGGGCAUCAUUUAGGCCUCAGUACAUGAUUGGUUCUGGCAACAACAAAGAUUGUGAAGAGUGGUUCUUUGAUAGGAUUGUCCGGGACAGGCCGGUACUGAUUCCGGGGUCAGGACUGCAACUGACCAACAUAUCUCAUGUUAGGGACUUGUCUUCAAUGCUUACUCUAGCUGUUGAGAAACCAGAAGCUGCAAAGAACAGCAUCUUCAACUGUGUGAGUAACCGUGCUGUGACUCUAGAUGGAAUGGCAAAACUGUGUGCUCAAGCUGCAGGGCGCCCAGUGAACAUUGUCCAUUAUGAUCCAAAAGCUGUUGGUGUUGAUGCAAAGAAAGCUUUCCCUUUCCGCAACAUGCACUUCUAUGCUGAACCAAGAGCAGCCCAAACAAAAUUGGGAUGGAGUCCUACUACAAACCUCCCUGAAGACCUCAAAGAGAGGUUUGAGGAGUAUGUAAAGAUUGGGAGAGACAAGAAGCCAAUCAAAUUUGAGUUAGAUGAUAAGAUAUUAGAGGCCUUGAAAGUUCCAGUACCUGUGUGAUCCAUGUAUAAUUUCUUUGUCUUUUUUAUUAAAAAAAUUAUGUAUAAACAUUAAUUUGACAAAGUGUAUUACAGAAGAAAGUUACUUCUC